AACGGUGGAAUGGACCUUACCGACCUUAUCCAUUAUUUAAAAAUUAUAAUUUUCCCAAAUUUCGGAACGUACUUCGUGAAGAUAAACAGAGAUCGUGAAUGAAGGAUGCGUUUUGAUUGGUCCAAGAAUUUCAAAAUGUUUCUGACUUCUCUCGAACGCCAAGUUGAAGUUGUUAUGACGAUAUUCUAAUGUAUUUUUGGUCUAAUUGUUAAUUUUUUUUGUUAAAUAAUUGUGAUAUUUUAUAUUAAUGGCUUCUGCGGGAAACAUGUCAAAUAAUGUAGAGAACCUCUCCCCACAAAUAAUCAGAGGGGUUGUAAAGGAAAUGCAAGAUCUAGUCAAUAAUCCACCUGAAGGAAUAAAAGUUCAAAUUAAUGAAGAGGACGUAACUGAUAUUCAAGCGUACAUUGAUGGACCAGCAGGUACACCUUAUUUUGGAGGGAUUUUUAAAGUGAAACUAACUCUUGGAAAAGGGUUUCCCACGGAACCACCUAAAGCUUACUUCUUAACAAAAAUUUUCCAUCCCAAUGUGGCUCCUAAUGGGGAAAUUUGUGUCAAUACACUGAAGAAGGAUUGGAAAUCGGAUCUCGGAAUCAAACACAUAUUAUUAACUGUUAAGUGUCUUUUAAUUGUACCAAAUGCAGAAUCUGCGCUUAAUGAGGAGGCUGGUAAACUACUUUUAGAACAUUACGAUGAUUAUUCACAAAGAGCAAAGAUGAUGACAGAAAUUCAUGCACAGCAACACAAAUGUAAAGGUCUGCCUGGAGAUGGUCCCCUUGCCAAAAAACAUGCUGGCGAUAAAAAACUCACCGCCGAAAAGAAAAAGAUACUCAAAGACAAAAAGAGGACUUUAAAGCGUUUAUGAGGACAUGAAUGAUUUAUGUUUAAGGAGUGUUUAAAUAUUUUUGAGAAGUUUUGUUUAUUGUGUUAAAUAAUUUUCCUAAUAAUUGCAUUAUUUUGUUAAGUUGCAUUUUUUACUUAUUGGACUGAAAAGUUGUUUUUAAUUUACGUUUUAUGUACAUACUUAAAUAGUACUAAUCUGUUGUCUAUUUGGUAAAAUGUGGACGUAUCUACUUACCUCGGUACAUAUUUUGAUAAUUUCUCAACUAGUAGUUGGAUUAGUAGAUCGAUGCUAGUCUCUGAUUUAAUUUUAUGACAUGCAGUCAGAUCACAGUACAUUGUUUUAUAAUUUUACCCAAUAUCACUUAAAUUAAUAAGGUUUUGUUCGACUAUACAAACUACUUAUGUAUAUAAAUCCAGAACUAUAAGAAAGAUAUGGGUGCAUUAUUGAAUACAAAUACUGAUGUUGAGUAGAAAUAUAACAUUGGAACUAUUUAAGUAUGUUAUUUUAAUUUUAUUUUAUGCAUAUUAGAUCACAGAACUUUUAUUUACUUCGUUUUUCUUAUCAAGAACAAAGUUUAUAUUAAAUAUUUGCAUUUUAGCAAAUUUUUCUUAGGUUUUCUAUAUUUUAAUGUUCUUUUAUAAUUUUCUGGGUUAUAUUUGCUUUCUUCAUUGAGUAAGUGUGAUGCGUUUAUUAAGAAUACUUUUAGAUUAAUUUUUAUUUUUUUUUUAAUUAAAAAUUUGUUUAUGCCAUAGACCUUUUCAUGACUGAUCACAUUAUCAUUUUAGAUAUUUCUCAUAUACAAUUUGUAAUUAUUGUUUUAAGCAGUGUCAUUUGUCUCUAUAUCAUUAUUUUUUAGCCUAUAAGCCUUGUUAAUAUGAUAAAAUGAGCAAUUAAAAAAAAACUAAAUCAUGAAAGAACGGUAAUAAUUAGAAUUAAUUAAUAAUUUACUACUUAUAAAAAAAUAUGAAUUUAGAAUUCAUUCUAACGUUUGUAUUAUACCGUGGGAGGAUUAAGUCUUGCCUCCAUUGUCAAUUCUUUCAUUUUAAAGAGAAGAGUUUCGAUUUUCCUAUGAACCCCUUAUUUUUUUUUAAAUAGCAAAGGGGAUCAAGUGAUAUUUGAAAAAUUAUGAGAAGCUGAUUUUAAAAGUGUACAGUAACUUCAGUAAUCCGGACACAUAUCGUUCCGGUCAAUGUCGGAUUAUCGAGGUAUCCGGACUACUGAGACCAUUUAUUUUUUUUUAUUAAAAUUCGUAAAAUUGCUUACAAAAUACCUUUAUUUCGUAAAAGUGCGUACAUAAAAAAAGUAAAAACUUAAAAAAUCAUUCUAAUGUUAUGAAACUAUGAAACUAGAGUACAUGUACCUAUGUAGGUAUAACAAACUACAUAUGUAUAUAAGCUAAUGUAUUCUUUUUGGGAAAAAUGUGUCUAACUUGGUUUGAAUACUCCUCUUUUAAGCCAGUUCAAACGCCUUUUCCUGAAGUCUUUUUAGCAGCAAGAUGUCUUCAAUUGGAAAGUCAUUUUCCUCUGCCCAUUGAAUGGAUAAUGAUAAUGACCUCGCAGCGUCACCGUGUCUUACUCUUUGCACAAUUUCUUCUCCAAUGUCAGAUUCGCCGGAUUCAUUCUGUUGGUCUUUAUUAGCUAUUGCCUCGUUUAUUAUGUCUUCUUCUAUUUGGUCUACAAUAGUGUAUUUUUCUCCAAUCGCCCACUGGAUAAUAUCCUUGCUACUUAAGUCAUUUUCUGGAUCUAUGAUAUUUAGCGAAUCUGUAAUAUCCUUAAGGUCUGACUCAUUUACAACGCAAAAUCUCUUUCGAAGUUCUGAAAGUGGCAGAUUGUCUUCAUCAGACCCCAAAUCCUCCAACUCCUCUGAGCCGCAAAUGAACUCAGUCCAUAAUGCUCCCCAGCUCUUUUGAAUAUUUUUUGGAGAAAUUGAUUUCCAAGCUAAAUCCAAAUUAUCUACUGCAUCUUUUAAGUUGUAUUCUUUCAACAUCUUUACUAUAAUUUCUCCUUCAUUUUUAGAUAUGACUUGAUUUAGCAAGCGCUUUCUGUAUCCCACCUUUAUAUUUUGAAUCAAGUUUUGAUCCAUUGGCUGGAGCACUGCCGUGCUGUUAGGGGGCAAAAACAUAACUCUAAAAUCUGGAUUGAAAUUUAACUCUUCCUCUGGAGGAUGAGAGGGUGCAUUGUCGAUUAGCAAUAAAGCUUUUUUGGGCCUGUUAACAUCUGCUAAACAUGUUUUGACACUAGGUAUAAAACAUGUUUUAAACCACUCCAUAAAUACAGGUCUUGUCAUCCAUCCUUUGCCAGUUGCUUUAUACACAACGGGUAGCUUAGCAUUUUUAAAAACUCGGGUGUUUUUGAUUUGCCGAGAACCAGAAGUGGUAAUUUAUGUGUGCCUUCAGCGUUACAACAGGGCAUGAAGGUUACACGGUCUUUGGAUAUUUUUCUGCCUUGAGCUGAUUUUUCUUGACUAUGAACCCAUGUUCUAUCGGACAUCACUCUCCAAAAUGCCGCGGACUCGUCAGCAUUAUACACCUGUUCCUUUGUUAAGCCCAUUUCCUGCACCACAGCACGAAACCUUUCUUGAAAUGGGGAAUGGCGUUCACAUCACUCGAAAGUUUCUCACCACAAACCUUUAAAAAUCGAAUACCGUGUCUUUCUUGAAUUUGUCGAGCCAACCAGAGCUAGCCAGAAAAUCAUCUUUUUGGGUUAUGCGUUCAUAAAAGUGCUUCGCUUUUGUUCUUAAAAGAUCUGAAGAAACAGGUACGUGAGCAACACGUUGUUGUAAAAACCAACUGUAUAAAGCAGCCUCAACUUCAGGAUUUUCGGCUUUUCUGAUCACCUGCCGCUUGCCUGAAAUUAAGAUUAACUAUGCAUUAGGUGGUAGUACACGGGCAGGAUGGGGUCCAUCGGACAUGGCUUUUACUUUAACAUGCAACGGACCUGAUCCUAGAGUCUGCGUCAACACACACGAUGGGAUAUUUUAGGGGACUCAUUCCGAAUCUUGUCAGAUCUCUUAAAAAAUCCGCUCGUGUAUACUUACCUAUUUUUGUAAUGACAAAAAGUUAUUAAGCACAUACCUGUCCCUUGAUAUGAUUUUGACACAAAGUUUCUUAUUUUGUCCUUAUUUUUCUUUAUAUCAAAAAUUGUGGAUCUAGGCACUCCAAAAUUUGGUGCCGUUUGACGGAUACUUCCAGACUUAUCUAGACUGUCUAAUAUUUCACAUUUUUUGCUGAGUGUUAAUGUUUUGUGGGGCCUUUUGCUUGGAGCCAUUUCCAACAGAAGACUACUAUGCAUCUUAUGACUGAUUGGAAUAAAAUGAAUGCGAAAAUGCCUACAAUCUUUACGUCGGCGUCGCAUCAAAUGAACUUGUUAAGACAGGCAAAUGAUUGUUAUGGCUUUCUUGCGAAACGUUUUAACGUCCGGUUUAGAGAGGUAAAAUUUUUAAAAUGUCCAGUUUAUAGAGCAAUCCGGAUUACUGGAGUGUCCGUUUUAGCGAGUGUCCGAACUACUGAAGUUGUACUGUACUAGAGUAGUAAUUCAUAACUAAGGAUCUUUGUAAUAAAUAUUAAUUAGAUAAUCGGUCAUUGAAACAAUUAAAGUUGUUUUUAAUAAUGGACUAUUUUUGUGUGGGAUUUUAUAUCUACUAUUUUAGUUUACGUGCCAGGCUGCUGUCAAAAAAUAGAACAACUGGAAAACACGUAUUUUUAUCAAUUUCUUUAAUUUGUAUUCAGGAUUCACAGGAAUAUUUAAACUGUCGGAUAAUCCGAUGAAUUUAAAAAAUCGACUUGUCCAAGUUUUUUGGCUGACAAAGGAGGUAAGACUUAAUACUCUAUUCAACAAUUUGUUGAAUCAGAUGUCAAAUCUCUUAAUUGCAAAGAAAGUAUUAUUGCUGGGUUAGAUAUGAUAAAAGGUUUAUUAAACUGAAUGACACUGGUUUUAGAUUUAAAAAGAAAUGGCAGUGAUAAUGACCAAAUUAAGAUUGAUUAAUAUAAAAUAAGGGAAAUGCGUUCACUCAUUUUAUAUUUUUAACAAAUUAAGAUAAUGGGAAGGUAAUGGAAUUUAAUUGUGCAAAUAAUGGAUUUGUUAUUGUCCAUAAUUGAUAAGUGUCAGCUUAAACCAUCUAGAAAAACAUGAAUUCAUUUUGAUAUUUUUGUAUCAUUAGUUAUCAUGAUACUCUUUACUUUCCAUAGUUACAAUAAAGUCUAUUGAAGAAAUUUAAUUUCGUUUUUAUUGUUGGUUUAAUUUGUUAAAAAUAUUUAAGAAUUUGAAGUACUUACCCAUUACUUUAUAAUAACCGCAAAUUAAAAAUAUGAUGGAUGAUAUACUGAAGAUUGCAAGUAUUUUCCCUGUAAAUAAGGAUGUAUAUUUCUAGUUUUUAAAGAUGAUCCCUAAGUUUCGAUAUUUUCAUAAAAUUGUGUGGCAUCGAUGUAAUUAAUAGUGUUGGUUUCGAUUCAUUUGUGAAAUGGACUUUAAAAAGAAGAGAAACCUGUGUAGAUGUUAAUUCGGAACAACUGAACUGUACAUAAUUCGUUUUUAUUUUUCUUGUUUAGUUUAACCAUUAGGUGUAGCACAAAAUGCACCACUGUGCAAUUUAUCGAUUAUUUAUUUCACGGUUUUUUAUUCAACUUUAGGAUGUGUUUGUGCAGUUUGUGAAAAUAUUUAUUAAUAAAUUUAUUACUCUGUCGAA